AUGGAAAGAGGAAAUGAAAGGAUUUCCAGCCAAUCACAAGGAACUACCCACCACUCCAAAGAGCCCACCUUCCUUAUCCAGCAGGCUGCCCUGCCGAGUGACUCCCAUUCAACCCUUCUGCAGGAAGGUCUACCCAAAAACAUAAAGGCCAGCACCCAGAAUAGGAGACCCGGAACAGCGAUUCUAUCAAAAGGCUCAAGUCAAAGUAUGUCAGAAAGCCAUCCUAGACCGCCUGUGAUCCCAUCCCGCAGGCCAGGGUUCCGGAUAUGCUACAUUUGUGGCCGAGAAUUUGGGUCCCAAUCACUUGCCAUUCAUGAGCCCCAGUGCUUGGAGAAGUGGCGCAUUGAGAACAGCAAACUACCCAAGCACCUGAGGAGACCAGAACCGUCCAAACCUCAGCCCAUCGGUGGCAGUGACUCCUAUAACCUUCAGGCAGCCAACGAGGAGGCAUUUCAAAGUGCGCAGGCUCAGCUGCUGCCCUGUGAAAACUGCGGCCGCACAUUCUUGCCAGAUCGUCUCCUGGUUCACCAGAGAAGCUGCAAGCCAAAGGGUGAGAAUCCUGGAAUACCAAACGUGGGUAGUUCUAAUGUUCCUACUGGUCUCAAGAAAGCCGCUUCUAGCAGCAUCUCAGCCCGACCAAGGACUCUGAUCUGUUACAUUUGUGGUAGGGAAUUUGGCACGCUGUCCCUUCCUAUCCAUGAGCCCAAAUGCUUGGAAAAAUGGAAAACUGAGAAUGACCAGCUCCCCAGAGAGCUGCGUCGGCCACUGCCCCAGAAGCCUCAACCCCUUCCAACUGGACAGCCCAGCCAAGAGGGGGCGAGUCAAGCCGCGCUUGUGCCUUGCCCAAAUUGUGGCCGGACUUUCGCUGUAGACCGCCUACCUGUACACCAGAGAAGUUGUAAAUCUCAACCUAGUGGACCAAAAACUCCAAAUUCGAGCCUAGAAAGGAAAGGCAGUCCAAAUGUACCCAUUAAUUCCAAGCAACAGAGGAACAUGGAAGCACCCAAUGGGGACAAGGUAACUGGUGUCAUAUAAGAUGGAGUAGGCAGACUGGGGACACACUGCAUCUUCAAAAGGAUGAGAGAACUAUUCCCAGAGCCAGCCACCUCAGCCCCAGCGAUGGUUUCUCCCAAAGCCUUACUUGUGUCUCAAAGCAGCCUG